AACCGAAUUUCGCUACUAAGCAUUUCACUUAAUAGUUAUAUGAAACAAGGAUUUUUAUAAUUACAAAGUACAUUCAAAACAAAAUUAUUGUAGUUUUAACCUUAUCACCGGAUAAAUCAAGAAGCUUUUCUAGAAGCAUACCACGAAUUUUGUGUUACUGGACAAUUCGGCAAGUCUAAUUUUAAAAGGAAUUAAAAGUGUGUAACAUUUUUUCAGGUGUAAGUAACGGUAUAAUUAUACAGAUAAAUAUUAAGGACCUGAAAGGACCAGCAAAUUAUAUAUUUGGGAACAAGUUGUUUAAAGAGGAAAAUCUUAAGGAAACGACCAGAACAAAAAUGGAACUCAUAAACCACGUGCUAGAUAACAUUACUAAGGGAACAGGAAUUGAUAAAAUAUUCCGACGUAGCAUGUCGUGUAUACAGUUCAAAAUGGAAGAUGUUGCAAGUCAUUGUGACGUCCAUUCUUGCUGGAUAGUACUGUCUGACAAAGUUUAUGACGUCACAGAUUUCUUAUCCCUCCACCCUGGUGGUGCAGAGAUUAUGUUUGAACACGCCGGAUGUGACGCAACAAUAUCAUUUGAGUCCAAAGGUCACUCUGCAGUUGCUUACGGCAUGUUGGACAAAUAUUGCAUUGGUGAAUUGGUGGAGGCUGACAGAAGGUUCAAAAAAUGAAAGCGGGAAACAAAUCAAAAUUCAAAUUGCCGCAGCACGUGCUCAUCCGGGCCAAUAACACAUACGCACAGACAUACGUACAUAGCUUUAUUAAGAUGUGAUGUAUUGUCUAAACAUCAAAAUUGGCCUGACAAAAUGGCUGAUCAUAUGUUCCUCGAACAAAUAUCAGAAAAUUAAUUUUAAAAUGUUGAUAUGGUACAUUUAAGAAUUCUAAAACGUGGAUAAGAUAAACAAACAAGCCGCAUUAUAAACACGGAAUAUAGUAAUCAUUUAAUGUAAACGUUUUGGCUACAUACCUUCAACAGAGCUUGGCAUAUCUUUUUUAACCAUAGAUAAGAGAAGAGAAACUAUGUCUUUACGAUUAUUAUGUUGGGGAAAUACAUUAUCAAAAUUCUUUGGACUUAAAAAACGAUUAGAAGAUCUGUGCAAAAUAUAUGUGUAUUGUUAAUUAUGAAGACCUUUAACUGCAUGGUUAUAUGUUCCAGUAUUACAUUACAAACAUCCAUUUUAUUACGGCCAUAUAAUCUGUCUAGACUAUUUAUAAGGAAACUGGAAUUUAUGUACAAUAUACAUUUUGGGCAGCCGUGUAUAGCAUUUUUUUUAAAAAGUCUUGAUUAUUCAGUAAAAAGCGAAGUUACAAACGUGCAGUAUUUUAAGAUUUCUUUAAUCAUUGUAUUCUUUGGCUGCAGAUAGCUGGAACAUUUUAAAAUCUGGUAAAAAAAUUAGAUGAUUUUGACUUGUUCAUUGCUACUACAUGUUUAGGAGGGUUAAGCACACAGUCUUAUUAAGGCUAUAUGUAAUUGGUUAUUCUAGAAUCACGUUCCCCCGUCGGGAAAAUGGUACUAACUGUCUAUGUAGUUUAAGAAUAGCGAAUUUUUAGUUUGUCACUAAACAAACAAAAAAUGAAGACAUUGUUUUUCUGAUUGAUUAAUUGAGAUUGUAAAUAAUUUAUAAGUUCGUGUAUUUUCUAUCUGAUAUACAUUUAUUUGCUUAUUCCAGCACAAAGCCAUUCAUGAUAAUAAUAUUUAUGUGAGUUUGUUUUAAAAAAGGUUACUUACAAAAUGUUGAAUUAAUGUAUUAUACAUGUACUUUAAUUUGUAUGAUUUAUAGUUUUCAUACUUUUUUGUAUUACUUUAAACAUAUUGGAUAUGUUGAUCUCAUUUGUUAUUUUGGCCGUGUCACAACAAAACCAACAUAAUGGGUUUGCGACCAUCAUGGAUCCAGACCAGCCUUCGCAUCCCCGCAGUCUGAUCAGGAGCCAUGCUGUUCGCUUACAUACCCUAUAACAAGUAAAGAAACUGAUAGCGAACAGCAUGGAUCCUGAUCAGACUGCGCGGAUCCAUGCUUGUCGCAAACCCAUUAUGUUGGUUUUGUCGUAACACGGCUCAUUUCAUUUGUCAUAUAUGUGAAAAUCCAGUUUGAUCGUUGUCUACUUUUUAUCUCGUUUUAUAAUAUGCACUUUUUGCAUAAUAAUGUAUAUACAUGCUCUCGCAGAUGAUGUUUUCAUUAAAAUCAUUUUAAUCAUGUUUUUUAAUUUUGUAUUUUGUAUUAUUGUCAUUUUUUUCUAAUAAACUAUGAGAAAACUA